GACGGGAGUUUGGGUGGUGGUAGUAGGUGGUCUGUCUUGGAUAUCUGGCAGUGUGCGCGCGGUGGUGAAAGGUGCUUUAUCGAAUUAUUGAGCGAAGUGCGGCCAUCAUGACCGCCUACACGCGAGUAUUUAUUUUUUGUGCCAUAUUUGUGAAUGUAAAUUGCCAGAAAGAAAAAGAAGCGGAGGAAUUCGUUUGUCCCGAAGGUACUCAAGGCAACGGUAAUUUCGCUGAUCCCGCCACUUGUCGUCGGUUCUACCAAUGUGUAGAUGGGUAUCCUUACAUAAAUAGAUGUCCGUCUGGCCUAUACUUUGACGACAUCAGUAAAUACUGUACGUUUAAGGCAGAAGCAAGAUGUGGCCCAAUACCGACAACUCCAGCUCCUAUCACGGAGGCUCCAACAGACUUAGCGUUGAAGUGCGAUUCAGCGGAAUGUCAGCUUCCAUAUUGUUUUUGUUCGAAGGACGGCACUCUCAUACCGGGCGGUCUGGAUCCGGAGGAUACGCCGCAAAUGAUAAUGCUCACAUUUGAUGGCGCCGUUAAUUUAAACAACUACGACUUAUACAAGAAAGUUUUUAAUGGGAAAUUACGUAAUCCAAACGACUGCCCAAUUCGGGGCACUUUCUUCCUAUCUCACGAGUACAGUAAUUAUGCCAUGGUGCAGGCGCUCGCACAUGAUGGUCACGAAAUAGCAACAGGCACGAUAUCUCAACAACAAGGUCUACAAGAUAAAGGCUAUGAAGAGUGGGCCGGCGAGAUGAUCGGCAUGCGCGAGAUUCUAAAAAAGUUCGCGAACGUUUCACGCUCUGAGAUCGUCGGAGCUCGCGCACCAUUUCUCAAGCCCGGACGUAAUACUCAAUUUAAGGUGUUAGAAGAUUUCGGCUACAUCUACGACAGCUCGGUGGGCGUGCCGCCGCUACCAAUUCCCGUGUGGCCCUACACGCUCGACUACAAGAUAGCGCACGAGUGCAAGUCUGCAACCUGCCCUACCAAGUCGUUCCCAGGUCUGUGGGAAGUUCCUUUCAACGCUCAUUAUGUUGAGACUUAUGAAGGCGGACAUUGUCCUUACUUGGAUCAGUGCGUUUUGCACAAUCACGAUUCCAAUGAGGUCUUCGAAUGGCUUCAAGAGGAUUUCACCAGGCAUUACGACCAGAACCGAGCGCCAUACAUGAUGCCUUUCCACACCAACUGGUUCCAAAUCAAGGAGCUCGAGCGAGGCUUACAUAAAUUCCUGCAGUGGGCGUCUAACUUGGAUGACGUUUGGUUCGUGACCGUAACACAAGCCCUGACUUGGAUAACUGACCCGCGGUCGGUUAAGGCGCUUAACAACUACGAGGCGUGGCGAUGUGACAAAAAGGACUUCCCACCAGCGCCUUGUAACCUAUCCAACAAGUGCGCGUUGUCCUUCAAACACCCAGACACAAACUUUACUGAUACCCGCUAUAUGGAGACCUGCUCUGAAUGCCCGAAUCAGUAUCCUUGGUUAGGUGACUCUGGUGGAACAGGCAUACCUGGCAAAGACAACUAUAUUCCCGACAAUUUGAAGAGGAAGUAGUAGCUAAUAAUAUUAUCUAUAACAUUUGAAUUCAUAUUGAUGACAGGCAGGCAAACGAAUGAUGACUUUAUUAAGAAUUUUUAUAUACAAACGUUGACGUGCUGAUAUAAAGAUAGUCUUAGAGUAAUUAAAAUUUUAUUUCCUUUACAACGCCUGUUUUAAAAAGAUAGCAAAUAUAUAUUUUUACAACUCUUGAUGAGCCAGCAUGAACGGAUAAUCAAAUAGCUCAUCAAAUAUUACAGACGUCAACUUUAAUCUUUAUAUCGAUCCAAACUUAGAAUAGUUUGUAGUAACGUUGCCUAAUUUUGUUGUAUAAUACUACUACAUCUUUUUAGCUUUAUAUUUUCAAAAAGAAAAGUAUUAUUUCAUUACCUUUCAUUGUUAUUACCAUAAUAUUACUGAGACAUAUUAAAAUUAUAUGUUGAAUCUUUAGCUGAAUAUGUUAAGUGAUUUACUAUUAGUGAAUCUCAUUUCAGACUAUCCUCAAUAAUUAUAAAUCAAUUGCCUGUCGUCACACAAAUAAUAAUCUAUUCAUAAUAUUAAUGUAUAUACGUAAUUAAAUAAUUUAAGGUUUUAAUGCCUAAAACGUCAAAGUUUUCAAUAUUGAUAAGAUAAAACCCACGAAAAUUAGUAUUAUAAUAUUAUUCUGAAUGGAUUAUUACAAUGUAUAUAAUUUGUUGUACAGCAAUGAUCAUUCAUUGCGCUUCGAUGUAUUUGGUUGUACAUAAGCCUUUCUUUUAAACAUGCUCUCAUCUCGUACUUGUUAUUUAUUUAUGAAAUAAUCUUACAAGAAUGUCUAAUCGUAUUCGUUGUGCUCAAUAAACACAAUGCAGAUUAGACGAGAGAGCUUUUUAUUAUAAUAUAAUAAUUGUAUU